ACACGUCGUCAGCUACAGCCUACAGCUGCUAGUUGCAUCAACCUUGUCUGCAGAUCGUCGUGCUGUAAUUCAGUUUUAUUUUUCAUUUUUCAUUAUUUUGUUACCAAAUUAGGGACAGGACAACAAACCUGAAUGUUAUCUGAUUAUUUGGAGUCCCCAAGAAGGAAUACAUUCAACCAAAACUGGUUAACAUUCUGUGAGACGUCGUUUUUUAAAAGCAGCUGAUAUUCCUACAAGAAAUGGUUCGCAUUGCAGCCGAAAGUCUGGCGGGGGUGGUGUUCAUGUGUUUGAUCCUGGUGUGCUGCGCAGUGAAAGAUGUUGUGACCGGAUAUGAUCGGGAACGUGUUGCAUGCCCGUACAAAAGUUUGGUGUUCGGACCUGGACUGGAAACAAAUUUUGUUGUUCCUGCGAGGUUUUUCUACAUUCAAGCAGUUGAUUUUGAAAAUAACAAUUUCACCUAUUCACCGGGCAAGAAUGCGUUUGAAAUUGUAAUAAAGCCCAUUAGUGGCAACAGAGGGCGCAUUUACAUACAGACCCUUGAUCGUCAUGACGGCACUUUCAUCGUACGGUUUCGGCUUUAUGACUCUUAUGAUGGGCUGAAGAUCGAGGUCAAGAGUGCCGGCAGACACGUGGCUGAUUCACCAUACAAAUUAAAAGGACUGGUCAGAUGCGAGAACUGCGAUUGUCCAGUGGAUGACCAAGACCAGUGGAGGAGUGACAUGUACUGUCGUUCCGGUGUCCAUCCUCAGACGCAGACGGAUUUCUCCAUCUUCCCAUCUAUCGACCUCGGUACGCUGCAUCGAGAUGUGGAGUCUAGGUUUGCCAAGCAUCACAGCUUAUGCCAUUAUUCCAUCAUAAAUAAUAAGGUGUACAGGAAAACGUUAGGAAGUAUCGUCGGGUUCAAAAUGUUUUCUGAUGCUUUCCUGCUCUCACUCACCAGAAAGGUCAGAGUGCCGGAUGUGGAGUUUUUUAUCAACCUCGGAGAUUGGCCUUUAGAGAAGAGAGACCCAGAAGAUGAACCGCUCCCUAUCCUGUCCUGGUGUGGCUCCACAGAUACAAGAGACAUCGUUCUACCCACCUAUGAUAUCACAGAAUCAACGUUAGAAACUAUGGGAAGGGUAUCCCUUGACAUGAUGUCAGUACAAGCCAACACGGGACCCAAGUGGGAGAACAAGACGGAAAAAGCUUUCUGGAGGGGGCGGGACAGUCGACGUGAGAGGCUGAACCUCGUCAAGCUGUCCCGAAGACGACCAGAACUCCUGGAUGCUGCCCUCACUAAUUUCUUCUUCUUCAGGAACGAGGAGGCGGAGUACGGUCCCAAGGUCAAACACGUGUCCUUCUACGACUUCUUUAACUUCAAGUACCAGAUCAACGUGGAUGGCACCGUAGCAGCGUACAGGCUCCCCUACCUGCUUGCCGGGGAUAGCGCAGUCUUCAGACACGACUCCAUCUACUACGAGCACUUCUACGCGGAGCUUGAACCCUGGGUCCACUAUAUCCCCUUCAAGCUGGACCUCAGUGACUUAGAAGAGAGGAUCGAGUGGGCCAUGCAGAAUGAUGAUUCGGCACAGACAAUAGCUGAGAAUGGGAAAGCUUACGUGAGAGAGAACCUGACGUCCAAUAAUAUCUUCUGUUAUUAUUUACAAGUUUUAGAGGAAUAUGCAUCAAGGCAGGUUGGUUCACCAAAGAUACACGAGGGCAUGGAGCUUUUAGAACAACCAUCAGAAAACAACAACUGUGACUGCCCAAAUGAAUCAACAAGACACACAGAAUUGUAAUGGGACCAUAGCGGUGCUCCUGCUACAAAGAAAGUCCAUCGGUGCAACAGCACCAGAGGCAGAAGUGCCAUACACCAGUCCCACCAACUCUGGAGGCAGAUAACGAUCUUCCAGAGAGAAAUGCCCAACCUGUAUCAAAUACAGGUUCCAAGUUCUUCUACCGACUUCUUGGAGUAAAUACGGUCAAACCUGUUCUAGUGGCCAGUUAGUUUGUCCCCCUCGAGAAAGAAAUUUGUAUUGUGUAGCGACUGUAGCCUGUCCAGAUAGGCCACUUCCUCUGUUUCCCUUGUGUGGUCUCAGUAGACAGGUUUGACCGUACAGUCAUGUAGAAGAGAGAACAACGUAUUGACAUCUCUGUAGCAAACUCGGUCCUUAGCAACUCUUACAUGUAUUAAAUAUAGAGGUUAUAUCUUAGUGGAUUUGGUGUCUUUUGCAAGGGAAAAUAUGUUAUGCAAUGGUGGAACUCUUCUUUUUAACGUAGAAAAAAGGUUAAUGUAUGUUUCCCUUGUGUGGUCUCAGUAGACAGGUUUGACCAUAGAGUCAUCUUGAAGGCAGAACAACAUAUUGACAUCUCUGUAGCAAACUCUGUCCUUACCAACUCGUAAAUGUAUUAAAUAUAGAGGUUAUAUUUUAGUGGAAUUGGUGUUUUUUGUACAGGAAAGUUACGUUCUGCAAUGGUGUAACUCUUUUUUAACGUGGAAAAAAGGUUAAUGUAUAAUUGUGUUUACAUUAGAGAAAGCAGAAGCUGCUGCAAUAGUAUUUAAAAAAUAAAAUGCUGACUUUACCUUGGGGUGCUUACAUUUUUUAUUUCACGCAGGAUCCUUCAGUUUAGUUUAGAAAUUGCUACUCCUUGUGUUUUAAGAGAGCUUUUUUAAUCUUUCUUUUUGUUUCUCCUGCUAUAGCUCUCCUGGGCCCUAUUAAAGAGUAGCGACUAAUCACAAAUUUUUUGUGAUUGAUAUCAAUCGCAACUAGGUACAUAAGAGAUAUAGGAGACUGUAAACUUGUGAUUGAUUGGAGGACUUGUGAUUGGUUCGGAUCUAAUCGCUACUCUAUAUAAGACAGGACCCUGGUCUAUCUCUUUGGUCCUGCACAUCAAUGAUCCUAUGUCCUUCUAGUCCUAAGAUGUACAUGUAUUAUGGGUUCAUAUUUAUAAUUGAAUUUCAUCGAAGUGAAUGUGGAACCAAUGGGUCAGUCUAGAGUCCCUCAAGCUCUAUAGAGUCCUUUUGAAUUGUCAUUACUACACAUAGAACUAGUUAGUAUAGUUCUACUUAGUCCCACAAUUUUAUAUACAAAUUUGACUACCGGUAAUUAGCUGACUAAUUAGCACCAUUAUAAGAUACGUGUAUGACGAUUUUGCCAAAUCUUAUUACAGUUGAAGAUUUGAGAGGGGAGAUUAGGAUGCAUGCAACUGGGCUUUGACUAUUGAGUGCUUUCAUUUUGAUAUUAGGAUGACUUAUUUUUUUCGUACAAUUGUAAAAAUUAUGAUUACUGUAGUUAUUGAGGUACAUGUAGUGACUUAGCAGCUGCUGAUAUAGGCUGAAAUGCUAAUGUAGGCUGAAGUUUAGUGUACUCGUAUUUAUGCUAUCAUUCUGCAUUGGAUAAUUUAUUUUUUGGUAAUGACAAAAUUUGCAACAAAUGUACCAUUUAUGCAUCGUUUUGAUUGUAUAUAUAUUCAGCUGUUUCAUUGUUAAGGGAUUAUUUUCAGUGGGCAAUUUUUAUUUUGAAACAUUCACAAUCAGAUGUACCUGAUAUUUCCAUUCCACCUCGUUCCAUUUGAUAUACUGUAAAAGUUUUAGUUUUUUUGUGAUGCAUCAAUGUUUGCAAAUUUUCUGCCGCAAAACCCGGUAAUGAUAUAAACAAUGGAUGGGGGGGGGGGGGGGGGGGGGUUGUAUGAUUUUCUAUGCAAUUUUCAGUGCAAUGUACUGGUAUAAACUAUACAUAUGUUUAUUCUUUGCUCUGAAUGGAAAUUUGAUGAGUCCAUUUGCAACACUCAGAAAGAUUGGAAAAUGCAUAAAAUUUGCAAUGUAACUAUAUAACACUAAAAAUAUCAAGGUUUUUUCCCCUACUCUUUGAAUAAAGUUACAUGUACCAAGUUUCCCUUUAAACAAAAGAUGUAAACAUUUUCGAGACUCACCUAAAAAUGCCCUUCACAGUUUAAUAACAGGAGUUGUUAUCAUCACUCAAUUUUAUCAUGAUUCAGCUAGAUUUGUCAUUUUUAUAACGUAAUUUUGUGCAUCUCAAUUUUAAUUCCAAUUAUUUCUUGCCAGUUUGUCGACUUAAAAUUACAAAUAUUCAGUGAUUUUUAUUCAAAUUUCAAAAGACUUUGAUCUUCAAAUGCACAGCUCAUGUCAUUGAUGAAUCAUUAAUGAUCACUCCACUUUAAUUUAUGUGACAGAUUUGAGAGGGGUGGAAUUAACUCACUUUUCAACUGCCUUUGUGUUUAAUAAAAGAACACUUGAGUGAACGAAACAUCAAUUUUGGGAUAAGAAAGAGAGCUGUAGAAAUCAGCCACAUCAUAAAUGUCUACCUUUAUAUCACUCUUGCCACAACAAAUGAUGAAGAAAGAAGUUUUAUGAUUUAAAUCCAACAGUUUUGAUAAGGUCACAAAUUUUCAAUGUACCUAAAAUCUUUAUCAAGUGAUAACUUAUGUAUCACUUGAUAGUGACGUCAGGUACAUCGGAAAGUUGUGACCUCAUAAAAACUGAUAGAUUUAAAGCAUGAAACUUCUCUUCUUCAUUAUUUUUGUGACACCUUAUGUCAACACAUGGAUUUAAUAUAGUACAGAAUUACUCUAAUAUUAUAUACAUGUAUAUAGAUUGCAAGACAUUUUACAUGUAUAUUAUCUUGUUGACCUGUACUCAACGGUAGCAAAAUUAGUGCAAUUGUAUGUUUUUUUUAUCUCUAUGGUGACUAGGUAGGGUUUGAGGAUUUUUUUUUUUAAUGAGAUGCCAAAAUGCUACAAAAAAGAAACGGAGAAGUACAUUUUAUGCAAAACUCUGGACAUUCCAACACAAAUUACUGAUCAAAAUCAAAUACAUACAUCACUAUUAAAGAGAACCAACCAAUUAAUUGCUAGAAUUGCAUAAAUCAAUAACAGCAGGUUCAAGUAAAAUUUCAUGUUAUCAGAGGAAUGACUACGUUCAGAGUUUGUAGUUAUUCCAUCAACCUUUAAUCCUUAUUUUGGUGUACCCUAAUCCUGAAACAUUUCUGUGGCAGUUGUCGUUUUUUUAUAAUUCAUUUGUAGACAGUUUUCUUCAUAGAAUUAAAGAUACAUUUAUGUUAAGCCACACAUAUUUCUUAUGAAUCAUGCUAGCUUUUGAAGUAUGAUUUGUCCUACCUUGAUCGAUUCUUACAUAUGCCGCCUUUCAAGAUCAUUCGCAAAGAUUAGAAAAGUUUAUGCUAUUGAUUCUUUUUCAAGAAAUGUUCCAAAUUAAUGGAGUUUUUAAUAUUUUAUUUUUACAAUGUAAUUAUCAAUCAAUGUGGAAGUUCAAAUUUGUCUACUAUAGAGUUUGAUGUAGAAGUAUGCUGAAUUUUUAGUGUUAUGUAGGCCUACAGGGUAUUUCACAUUCUUUUGAUAUUUCUAUGUUUUUUUUAUAUUUCUUAGAAUAUCUAAUAUUAAAAUAAAGGAGGCCACAUUUGUGUUCUAGUAGAGACAAAUUUGUGUGUCGUCUCCAUCACUAAGCAGCCUGUAGGACUGAUCUUUACAGUAGUUGGCAAGCACACGAAUGAUAUCAAACAAAUCGUUGUUGAGAAUUGUUCAGUAAGAAAUUGUUUCUGCAAAAUUUGUGAUCAGAUCAGAUUUGUAAAAGUAAAGUGCAUGAUAAUAAUUCAGUGACAACAUUGAAUUAUUUAAAUUAAAUUUUAGAAAUUGUCUUUUUGAUGACAACUCGCAGAAAAAAUCCUCAAUUGUACAGUAUAAAUAUAUUCUCAUUGUACACAUGCAAUAUAUUUAAGAGCACUUUUAUUGACAUGGAUUUUAUGCAAACCCCCUUCUCUUUAAUAAAAUAGUGCAGAAAAUGUACAGUGUGGCAAAGGGUUGCAUAUAUGACUUUUAGAUGAACUUCAUAUAUUUUAUAUGCAAGGAUUUUGCAAUAGAAUUUUAACUGUUGUGCAUAGUCACUUCCCUGUAAUACAUGUAAUCUGUUGUUUCGUGUGUUUUUUUUAAAUUUAUAUAUCGAAGUAUAUACCUUUUGGUGUGUUCAAGUGUGUGUAGAAUUGUAUAGAUUAGGAAAUACAUGUCUGUUACAUUGCAUUCACAUUAGCCAAACCUUUUUGUCAUUCGUUUCUUAUCAUCAACCAUGAUGCACCAGUUUGUCUGAUAUGAACGCAGUUUUCUUGUAAGUUUAACCUCAGUUAACAUAUGUAAAAAUAUGUAUGUUGGAUCGAUUGAUUUGAUGGACAGUCACUUAUGACUCGUUCUUUGGGUUAAGUUAUGUGAUUAUUAAAAUAAUGAAGAAUGUGA